CGGUGGGGAAGCCCCCGUCACUCGGGCGCUGACAACGAUCCCAACCAUCGGGCAGCCGCCACGCCGAGCCACUUCGCCGCGCGCGCUGGACUUAGUAACCCGCGCCGCCGCACCCACGACUUCGCCGAUCUCUCCCUCCUCUUCGUCACUUUGCCAGGCGUCGCAACCUGACACCGUUUCCGCCGACGCCCGCUCGCUCUCAGCGCAUCUUCCAUCGAUAACUCAUUGUCUCAAAGGGCCCCUGUUUAUUUUACGCCAGUUUGCCUAAAACUAGACUCAGUCACUGGACGAGUUUCAUCCAUUGAUCUCGAAUUACCCAACAGCAAUACCAUCUAUAAAUAUUUUUAAAAUUUUCAGUUCAAAUUUCUCCAAUCUUUACCAAAAGCAAUUAAGCUUUAAAUCCAAAAAAAAAAAUUGCCGCUGUGCUUCGUGUUGCAACUUUGAUCCACAUAUAUCGGUGCUUGAAAGAAACUUCAUGCUUCUAAAAGCUCUUAAGCUGAAACUGAAAGUCAAAACGAGAGCCUAAAGGAAAAAAGGAAACUUGUCAGAUACCAGAGCUCCUGUGAAAGACAGCAUGCACACCUAUAUUUACCCGGGAUACCCUGGCACUCAGAUGCUGGCUGGCCGUGGCCUCGCGACCGUGCCGGAAGAGGACUUUCUUCCCGAGGUGGGCGAGACGCCGGAGCUGCCCACCGCCUCGCCGCCGCCCGUCUCGCUGCCCCUCCAUUACAACACCGAGGCCCACACCAACACCUUCCUGGAGUCCUCGUCCCCCACCCACGCCCACUCCCCGUCGCACAAGGCCAUCGCGCCCCUUCCUCAGCAGCACCCCUCCGGCGUAUUCCCCGCUGGGCAGAUACCACUGCAGCAGCAGCACCAGCACCAGCAGCACCAGCAGACAUCAAUCAAGUCACCGCAGCAGCACCAGCAGCAGCAGAAAGAGUCGCAGCUGGUCCCCCUCCCCACCCAGUCGCCCCCCGCGCCCUUCCAAGCCUCCCUGGGAAUCGCCUCCGUGCCUGCUCAAGCCCAGCACCUCCAGCCCCAGCAGCAGUCCCCGAAUUCCUCGCUCCAGCUCCAGCAGCCGCCCACCCCGCCCCAGCAACAGUUGCAGCAGAUCCAGCAGCCCCUGACGCCGCCCCAGCAACAACUGCAGCAGCCGCUCUCCCCGCAGCUGCAGAGUCAGCAGUGCCCCCGCUCCUUCAUUCGCAGUCAUAGUCAGCAUGACCUCAGCACGCCGCCGCAGCCGAUCUCCCUCGGCGACAGCUCCUUUGUCGUGCCAAGCGCCGUACCUCGACGCCGAUCCCAUAGUUCAGGAGGGAGUAACAGCAGCAGUGGCCUCGUAGGAUCGCCUUCCCUGGCCCCCCAUCAGGUGAUCAGUUCUGUGCCAGUGACAAGUUUGCCGCACCUGCUUCCAGCUCUGAACUCGAUGACCGCCACAUCCUUGUCGCAUGUGGCCCCUACUGCUCCCCCCACAGCCUCGGUUCAAGCAUCAGGCACAUCUCUCGUGACUGCACCAGUGAUCGCCCCAACCAGUUCACCAGCGGGAUCAGCUUUACUUGCUCAACUUCUUACAUCAGGGUCUUAUUCAGUCAGUUGCAAUAGCCAGCCAACCAACACAAAUCAGUUGGCAACCAUUGGCAGCACCAACCAGCUAAACAACCUGGGAAACAACAAGAGCUGCAACAAUGUCAAAGUUUCCUUGGUCAUACCUGGAGUUAUUACUGGAAACUCGAGCAACAGCAGCUGCAGCAGUAGCAGCAGCAGUAGUUCUAGCCUCUGCAGCAUCAACAGCGUCACCAACAUCAAGCCCAGCGUGUCAACACCCCUACUCAUGCCACCAAUCACACUCUCUGCUGUAACCCCCUCCACUCUCAAGACACAGAGCUUCAGCCAGUUAUCACCAUGGAGUCCAUGCUCACCACAGGGUAUAAUAAAGCAGUCUCCACCUCACCCGGAACCUUCUUCACCCUUGAUGAUGAAUGUCCCUUCACCACCUACGAAAGCUUUCAGACCCAAGAGUGAUGUGGAACGCGUGCAAUACAAAGAACACAGGCGAGUCUGCCACAUCAAUGCGGAACAGAAACGUCGGUCAAACUUGAAAAACAAUUUUGAUAUAAUGCAUCAACUUAUUCCUUCCAUCAGUCAAAAUCAUAAUGCAAAGAUAAGUAAAGCAGCCAUGCUACAAAAAGGAGCCGAGUACAUCCAGCAGUUGAAAGCUGAAAGGCAACAGCUGAGUGACCAAGCAGAAAAGUUCCGUGCUCAGAUUGAAAGCCUCAGUCUUGAGAUAAGCAAUGCACAAUCCUUACUGCCUGCCACUGGUGCCCCUAUGACACAUGCCCGUCAUAGCAAGCUCAAGGAAAUGUUCAAUAACUAUGUUCGGGAACGUACACUAGCAAACUGGAAAUUCUGGAUUUUUUCCCUUAUAACGGAGCCACUGUUAGAAUCCUACAAUAACAGCGUAAGCAUCAACUCUUUGGAUGACUUGUGCCGUUCUUCUUUAGCUUGGCUGGAUCAGCAGUGUUCCCUCAAUGUCCUACGUCCCUUGGUUUCAAACUCAAUGCGAAAGCUGAGCACAACCACAAAUGUAUUGGCCGAGCCUGAAAACUUGCCGGAGGAGAUCUACCGCCGCGUCACAAAGCAGGAAGGAGAGAGGUACCCUACGUCCCGGUGAUCAAAGGCUACAAAUCCUUCCCACCUACCAAGAGCCAGGAGAAGAAAAGACAUUGCCUGCUUAUCUCAGCAGGAAGGAAAGCAGUGCACACAUUGGGAGAGCUGAUGUUCUGAACGUCUUUUGCUUCAUAACAUUGAUAUGACAGGUGCCAGUGUGAAGCUGCUUGUGAUUUUUUUUUUUAAUUUCUUCUUUUCCUCCUCCUCCUCUUUUCUUUUCAUGGCAGCAAUACCAACACCACUGAAGGAAGGGAAACCAAGUCUUAAUGUGUAUGAUAAAGUUAUCAUUUCUAGUUUUGAGAGAGGGUUCUGAAAUUUGUAAAUUUUAAAUUUCGAGGUAAUCUUCCAAAAUUACAGAGUUCCUGAGAUAGUUUUUUCAUUAAUUACAUUAUAUAUAUGUGUG